AUGAGGGCAGGCAUAGUUGCAGCAGGUAUUGGAGGUUUUGUUUUGGCAAAAAGAAGCAUUGACAAGAAGAGAUAUGAGAACAUGAAGCACAGAGAGGAAGUUCUGAUCUACACUGACCAAAGAAGAAUGGCCAGUCUCCCACAAUUGGAUGUGUCCAAGCUGAAGAUUGUUCAGGACUUGGAGAUAGAAAUGAUGUCUGACAUGUACAACAAAAUGACAACUGCUUGCAAUAAGAAAUGUAUCCCAUCAAAGUAUCGGGACCCAAGUCUGACCAAGGGAGAAAGUGUGUGCUUGGACCGUUGUGUGGCUAAGUACUUGGAUGUGCAUGAGCGAAUUGGUAGAAAGCUCACUCAGCUUUCCAUGCAAGAUGAAGAGCUCAUCAAGCAGAUUCAAGCUGAACAA